AACCAAUCAUUUUUUCCUUUUAUUUGUUACAUCACUCUUUUUUAAUAAUAAUAAAAAAAUGGCUCAAAUUUUCACUCACGAACAAGUAUCCAAACAUAACACAAGAGAUGAUCUCUACAUGAUUAUUGAUGAUAAAGUUUACGACAUUACCAACUUUGUUGACGAGCAUCCCGGUGGCGAUGAAAUUCUUAUUGAAGAAGGGGCCAAAGAUGCUAGUGGCCCAUUUGAAGACGUCGGUCAUUCCCCUGAUGCUCGUCAAAUGCUUGAAAAGUAUCUUGUGGGUGACUUGGACCCUGAGUCCAAGCCCGUUGCUGUCAAGUCCCCCGAUACCAUCCAUGUCACCAACAAUGCUACAGAAGGAAAUCCUCUUCGUAUCAUCAUUCCUGUGCUUUUCUUUAUUGGAUAUAUGUACUGGCGUUUCUUUCUUAAACAAUAAUUUAUAGAUUUAGAUAUAUUUUGGAAUGCAUCCUUUUCAAAAGGCAUACAACGACAAAUAAUAGUAAUAAAAAAGAGUCCGUGUCUCUCUGCCUCUCCCAUCCGCCCUUCUUUUUUUUUUUUUUAUGCAUCAUCCAGAUCUGACAUAUC